GGCAGGCCGGACCAGAACCACCACGGGUAGUCUCAAAAUCAUCGGACGUGACAAGUACAAUUAGCCCCGCCGAGUUGACUCCAUUUCUCUCGACGCGUACACGACAUAUCCAGCAGUGACAUUACACGAUCAGAACACGCAAUAAGAAAAAAGCCUCCGACAACAAUGGCAUCCAGCGCAGCAGCGAUGACACUCUACCGGCUCGUCUUCUUCGUCCCCGAGAGCCACCUCGCCGCGUGCAAGACGGCCGUCUUCGCCGCCGGCGCCGGCCGGUACCCGGACAGCAACUACACCGAGUGCUGCUGGACCACGGACGGCACGGGCCAGUUCCGCCCGGGCGCGGCGGCGAACCCGCACCUCGGCGCCGUCGGGCAGCUCGAGCAUGUCCGGGAGGUCAGGGUCGAGACUCCGUGCUUGGGCAAGGAGGUUGCGAGGAAGGCCGUGGAGGCUUUGAAGACUAGCCAGAAGGCUUUCGACCUGUACCAGUCUGGAGACAAGGUAUGGCGAAAGGAAGAUCUUGCCGACAUCGAAAGGCAGCUGGAAGAUGCCUCUGCUGUCUCGGCCUUUACACUGCGCCGUAUCGACGGAACUACCCUGAAAGUCAAGAACCCUAUGUUUGGGGUUGAGAAUCCAAUCUGGGAACCCAUCGUGCGUUAUCGCGAAUAUUGGGCCCUGGUCGACUGCCGGCCCAAGGAGCCGGCAGAGACGUAUAACUGUUCAUACGUGAUCGAAUGGCGAAACGCAAGCGAAAGGUUAUACAGAGGACCGCACCAAGGCAGCGAGGCACUCUUUCACUCGUGGCGAGAUAAAUGGAACACCAGCGCAACCUGCGCGGCACUGCGAGGAUGCAUCACGAAUCUUGCUGUCUCGUCAUUGUUGCCACCGGCGAAAUUCGAAGGUAUGAUCAACCCGAUUAAGAUUCUCUGCUUCGGCCUGGGCGACCUCAACUUUAAAGGUCCCAACUGGUGGUACAUACAAAACAGGCAGCGGCCCAUCGACGAGCAAGAGACGGAUAUCAGCGUCAUCGAGAACCCGCUGGUACACCACGCCAUUGCUCUGACCAUCAGGGAAACCGUCCAAGAUGUCAUGACCAGCAACCAGGCCAUCAUUCAACGUCAGCCCGACACUAGGUUGCUAACGCAGGACCCGCAAUAUACACCCGAAACGAUAUCCCUGCUUGCGCGUGCGGCGCCGGAAUUUGAAGUUGUCGGCUCCCGAGGAGCAUCAGGGUUUGCGGAGCUGGAUCAUGGGUGUAUUGUCUUUGCACCUUUCGUGAAUGCGCCACUCAAUCAGAUCAUAGCGGAUCUGGCGAGGCCGCUGGCGAUCAUCACGCCGGCGUUUGGAAAGGAUAUUAUUUUUGAUCAGAGAGGAAGACCAUGUGGUAACCCAGAGUCGCCGAGGUCAAGGGAGAUGUGGAAGGAGUAUGACGUUCAGGACUUUCCGCUUGUUGAGGCGGAGAAGGAUGUGGUCAAGGGCAAUCUGUGGCAGCUGAAGAUCUAUACAAGGAGGUGA